AUGAGAAUAACAGAGGAGCUAAUUCGUCGUAAAUCGGAGCACAAUGAAGACCUCUUGGAAAAGCUGGAAGAAAUUGCUUUGCAUCAACUCGAAAUUGAAAAAAUCGAACUCAUUGAUCGUUUAUGCAAAGACUUGAAAAUCCUCCUUCUACAAAACAAUCUGAUUGAGCGGCUAGAAAAUCUCGGGAGGCUAAAACAAUUAGAGUAUCUAAAUGUUGCGCUCAAUAACAUUGUGCUGGACCUUACGGUCAAUUUCAUUGGACUGGAAUGCCUGGAGAUAUCACUUGAAAAUCUUCGAAGAAAUGAUUGUCUGGAAGACCUGUAUCUCAUGGGAAACCCGUGCGCAGAGUGGAAAGGAUAUAGGCAUCUUACCAUAGCUAUGCUACCUCAAUUAAAACAGCUCGAUGGGAAGGCCGUGACACCCGUUGAGCGCAUAGAAGCAUUGCGAUCGUUAGCUGCCUUGCGUGAAGAUCUUCGUGACGAAAUACGGCCAAACGAUUCACCGGAUGCGUAUACUCGGGAAAAUCGCAGAAGAAUGUAUCUUGAAAUGACGAGUGUCAAGUCUUUUGAGCCUUACAACAGUAAGGGAGAAAUUCGUCAGUGCAAUGAAGGGCGGCUCAAGUUUACAAUAGACCAUUGCUGCAAGCCAGGACAGAUAGUAGCGACAUUUCACUUACCGAGGCACUUGUCAACAACAUUAAUUGACGUCGAUGUACACCCCGAGUAUCUUCGGGUGGCAGUUAAGGGCAAAAUCACGCAGUUGAGGCUACCUGACAUCGUAUCUCCAGACGCAUCUACGUAUCUAGAAUUUCACACUCCUGCUGAGGAGUUACUGGAAGACAAUCCUCCCCCUCUAGAAGAAAUUGUGUUGUUUGAUCAAAGUGAAUCUCCGGCAAGCUUUAGUAAACUGUUGCAUUCCGAUGCCCCCUUCGCUGUUUCUGAAUCUUGUUCGAACCAAACGACGCACACUCAUGCCGGCUUUACACCAGCCUGA